GCGGAGCGGGCUGGGCGCGUCGCGAUGACGUCACUGUCGCACCGCGCUGACGCGCUACGGAAGCCCACGUGCGAGGGGCAGUCUAUGGCAUCGCCUGUUCGCCGAGCGAGCAAGCUCACAGCAGAGGAGGGAUGAUUGUGAACAAUCUCACACUGUGUUACCAAGGCAAAGUUAUCCUGGCCCCCAUGGUUCGAGUGGGAACUCUUCCCAUGCGUCUUUUGGCGUUGGAUUAUGGAGCCGACAUAGUCUAUUGUGAGGAGCUGAUUGACAUUAAGAUGCUUCAGUGCAAGAGAGUUGUCAAUGAGGUGCUGGAUACCAUCGACUUUGUAGCCCCCAAUGAGAGAGUCAUUUUUCGUACCUGUGAAAGAGAGAGGAACAAGGUCGUCUUUCAGAUGGGAUCUGCAGAUGCUGAGCGAGCCCUUGCUGUAGCCAGGCUUGUCGAGAAUGAUGUAGCUGGUAUUGACAUUAACAUGGGUUGUCCAAAGGAAUACUCCACUAAGGGAGGAAUGGGAGCAGCACUUCUGUCUGACCCAGACAAAAUUGAGAAGAUUCUGAGUACUCUUGUUAAAGGGAUUUGCAAGCCAGUGACCUGCAAGAUUCGAAUCCUGCCAUCGCUUGAGGACACACUGAAUCUUGUAAAGCGGAUAGAGAGGACAGGGGUAGCAGCCAUUGCAGUCCAUGGAAGGAAGAAGGAAGAGAGACCUCAACAUCCUGUCCACUGUGAUAUUAUCAAAGCCAUUGCUGAAGCUGUCUCCAUUCCAGUAAUCGCUAACGGAGGAUCUCACGACCACAUCAAAGUGUAUGCAGACCUAGAAGCCUUCCGGCAAGUGACUUCAGCAUCUUCCGUGAUGGUGGGACGGGCGGCCAUGUGGAACCCAUCCAUCUUCAGGAAGGAGGGCCUGCAGCCUCUGGAAAAGAUCAUGCAAGAAUACAUAAAAUAUGCGGUGAGAUAUGAAAACCACUACACCAAUACCAAGUACUGCUUGUGUCAGAUGCUGAGAGAACAGUUAGAAACCCCCCAAGGAAAGAAGCUCCACGCCGCUCAGUCUUCCCAGGAAAUCUGCGACGCCUUUGAGUUGGGCAGCUUCUGUGAGAAGGUGACUGCAGAGUUGGCAGCCAAAGCAGCCACACUCCAGAAUGGUGGUCAGGAGGACGAUGACCAGAGCGGAGACACUGACAUCAUCAAAAUGGCAGUUAAGUUUGACAAGAGACAAUACCCACCCCAGAUCACACCCAAAAUGUGCCUGCUGGAAUGGUGCCGGAAGGAGAAGUUAGCCCAACCAGUUUAUGAAACCGUUCAAAGACCAGUGGACCGUUUGUUCCGCUCCGUCGUCACUGUUUCCGAGCACAAGUACUGCUCAGCCCUGUGGGACAAGUCCAAGAAGCUGGCUGAACAAGCUGCAGCCAUCGUGUGCCUGAGGAGCCUGGGCCUCCCUGAGGGGAAGCUGGAUGACGCACAGAGCCCCCUCAUGCACAAGCGCAAGGUGGAGGAGAGGGAACUGUGCCAAGACAGAGAGAAUGAGGAGACCCUUCCUGGUGGAGCCCCUCACAAAAAGCCCCACCUGACCCUGGGCACCACCAACCACAGCAUUCUCAGCAGGCCGUGACCGUCCUUCACGUUCUCCUGUGAUCCCCAUUGCCACCCCUAGGAUCCCACCUGGGAAGCCCUGGGCCUUCUGGAAGGAGUGGGGGUGGGGUGGGGCCCAGGUAGAGCCUGGGGCUCGGAGCAGCUCAGCUCACCCCACCCCACCAGGUGUGGGGAAGCAGAGACUUGGACUGUUAAGGUGUAGAUGAGAAGUCUGGCUUACCCUUCCAAAAGACAGGUCUGAACACCACUUGAGGGAGUGGAAAGUAGGUGUUCAAGAUGUGCACAAGCCAGUGACCAAAAACCUAUGGACUUAGGAUGGGCUGAGGGGGUGGACAUUGAGUAACCCAUCCUGGGGAGGGAGAAUAGAAGAGCUGGAGGCCUGGGGACUUGCGAUAAGGCCUGAAGCUGGGGGGAGGGGGAGUUGGAGAGGACACGGGAGUAAGAGUUGUCCAGGGCUGACGACAAAAGUCCAGAGUCCGGGGAUCUUCUGGUAUUUUUUUUCUCCUGUGACACAAGUUGUUCCAGAUAGCCUUAGGCCAGCUGACCCUUCCCAGGCCAUCCUCACAUGGGUUAUGUUUUCCUCAGUAAAGAUGGCCCUCACCACUUGAGCCUAUAAGCAUCUCAGCCCUCCCUGAGGCUAGUGGAGGAGCAAAGAGGGUCUCCCUCCACUGUCACCAGUAGGGUCUUCCUGAGCUAGGAGGGCCCAGACUUGAGGGCAUCUUUCCCCUUGCUUCCGGGCCAGGUGGGAAAACUGCAAAAGAGUUUCUUCCUUUCCUCCCACUUAGCACCCCCCCCAACCCCCCACCCUUUCCCACAGGAGACAUUUGGAGCAUGUGAAACAAUGUCUACUUGGAGAAGGUUUCCCCCAUCUCGGUGGUAAUUGGCUGCUAUCUGCCAUGAGUCAUCUUUGCCACAGCUGAUUAGGAGAACUGUAACUCCCGACUUUGAUGAUCCCAAGGACCAUCUUACAGCUCCUAAUGAGGCUGUGGAAAUUGGGAGCUCCUAGCCCUGAUGACGAGCGGAGAGUAUCCACAGGCCCUUCUUCUUGGCUUCCGUGCUGACCUUUCAUUGAAUUGUAUCAUUUGGGCAGGCUGGAUGUCAAGGAGGAGAAUUAAAAAGGGUUAAGCAAUAUUGUGUGUCUGUCCUGUGUGCACAGUUAAAGGCAUUGAAGGUAAAAAUGAUGCCUGGGGUAUAACUGCAAAAAGCACUACAGACUUUUGAUGUGAUGCCCUAUGUAGAAAGAUCCCCGAAUUUGAACCCCUCUUCCAAAGCUUGUGUGCUU